CCCUAUAAUAGCAUGCCAUGCGAAGACCCCGACGAUCCAUGCUACUGCACUGGUCCAAAGCAAGAUCCUAAGCAGCAGAUGGCCUGCAGGAAUACACAGGAAUACUGCUUGCAUCUACCUAAAGAUUGCUGUCCGCCGGGAAACAAGGUGGUAUUUCAAAUGCCACAAGACUCCUGCGCGUUGAACCACAAGCAGCGAGCGCAUUUCAACCUGGUGUCUGACGGUGUUGCCGAUGUGACACGAGAGGACCCAGCGCAGCUGAUGUCUACGAAAGCGAAGGACUAUCCCGGCGUCGUCUACGAUUUCUCCAACCGCGUGAUAAAGCUGAAAAUUGGAAAAACCGUGGAGGGGGCGGGCCGGAAAUCGAAAAUGGAAUACCAGUUCAUAACACCUAUUCCCCAUUAUGAGAAGACUGUAACUGUCAACGACAAUCGCGGCGCCCAAUGUGUGCGAACUCGUCGGUGUUGUUCACCGUGUCAUAGUUGCUGCCCAAAUUAAUACUCU